GCUAUGCAGGAGCCGGGCGUUAUAAAAAGACUUGAUGAGGCAGUUGUUAAUAGAAUAGCCGCUGGCGAAAUAAUUCAGCGUCCAGCCAAUGCGCUUAAGGAGCUAUUGGAAAACAGUUUGGAUGCUAAGUCGAACUAUAUUCAGGUAACUAUCAAGUCUGGGGGCUUGAAGCUGCUCCAGAUCCAGGAUAAUGGCACUGGCAUACGUAAAGAGGAUUUAGCAAUUGUUUGUGAACGCUUCACUACCUCCAAGCUAAACAAAUUUGAGGAUCUGACGGAAAUCGCUACAUUCGGAUUCCGGGGCGAGGCGUUAGCCAGCAUCAGUCACGUGGCCCAUUUGACCAUACAGACAAAGACGGCGCAGGAGCGUUGUGGAUACAAAGCUAGCUAUGCGGACAGCAAGUUGCUGGCAGCUCCCAAACCAUGUGCUGGAAAUCAGGGCACCAUCAUCACCAUUGAGGAUUUGUUCUAUAAUAUGCCCCAACGAAGACAGGUGCUGAAAUCACCAGCCGAAGAGCAACAAAAGGUUUCCGAUGUUCUAUCCAAAUAUGCCGUUCAUAAUCCCCAUGUGGGUUUCACACUCAAGCGGCAUGGAGAGCCGCCAUCGGUGAAAACGCAGGCUGGCACCACCCGUGCCGAGAAUAUACGCCUAAUUUAUGGAGCAGCCAUAGCCAAGGAACUGCUCGAGUUUACCUAUGAGGAUGCCCUGCUUAGGUUUGAGGUUCAUUGCCUCAUGACUCAGGUGAAUUAUGCAGCCAAGAAGGGCAUGCUCCUGCUCUUCAUAAAUGAGCGGUUGGUGGAAUCUGCACCUCUCAAAGGAGCUGUCGAUGCGGUUUAUGCCAGUUACUUACCAAAGGGAAGUCAUCCAUUCGUCUACAUGAGCCUAAAGCUGCCGCCGCACAAUAUCGAUGUCAAUGUCCAUCCCACCAAGCACGAAGUCCACUUCCUCUACGAGGAUGAAAUUAUUGAGAAGUUGAAAGGUCAAGUGGAGGCUCAAUUACUCGGCAGUAAUGCAACCCGUAGUUUCUACAAGCAACUAAAACUGCCGGGUGUGGCAGAGUCGGAGGAAGACACAAAAGAGAAAAGUGUAAUGCGAAUUUAUGAUAAGGAUUUGGUGCGAACUGAUUCACGUGAGCAAAAAUUGGAUAAGUUUUUGCAGCCAUUAGUACAAAAUGUUUCGGGACUGUCGGGCAGUUCCAUGAGUUCUUCAGAGCCUUCACAGGAGGAAAGUUUUCGCCAGAUUGCAGCACGUAAAUCGAAGGAGGUGCGUCUCAGCAGCGUGCUGGACAUGCAGCAGAAACUGGAACACCAAUGCCAUGUCCAGCUGCGCAGCAUGCUCAAGCAAUUGGUCUAUGUUGGCUGUGUGGAUGCCCGUCACUCGCUUUUCCAGUACGAGACUCGUCUCUACAUGUGCGAUAUGUUCGCUUUUGGAGAGGAACUUUUCUACCAACGACUAGUCUAUGAGUUUCAAAAUUGCGCUCAGAUUACAGUAACGCCACCAUUAGCUAUUAAGGAACUGUUACUGGUGGCGCUAGAUAGUGCAGCUGCCGGGUGGACGGCCGAGGAUGGGGAUAAGCAAGAGUUGGCAACCAGUGCCACCGGCAUAUUGCAAGAAAAGGCGCCCAUUAUGAAAGAGUAUUUUUCUCUGCGCAUCUCGGAAGACGGAUAUUUGGAAUCUUUGCCUGCCCUGCUGCCCAAACAUAUGCCCAGCAAGGCGCAAUUGCCACUUUAUUUGCUGCGUCUGGCCACGGAGGUUGAAUGGGAACAGGAGGCGCCAUGCUUCGAAACAUUUUGCCGUGAGACGGCGCGCUAUUAUGCCCAAGUGGAGUUUGAAGACAGUGCGGAUGUGAAGAAACAGAGGUGGCAAGUGGAACAUGUAAUGUAUCCAGCAUUCAAGAAGUUCCUAUUGCCCCCGCAACGAUUAAAUAAAAAACUCUAUGAGCUGACUAGCCUGUCAAAAUUGUAUAAAGUAUUUGAGCGCUGUUAGUAGAAAGAUGCAUGCGAUUUAUCUAAUCAGGAAUAAGCUACAAAUCCUAUGGAUAACAACAUUUUGCAUUUGAUUAUACAUUAAAAGUCUAAAAAGCAUA